CCAACAACUAAAGACACAAACUAACACACAACAACAGCUGCGAGAAGACAAGAUGGUGGCCAAACAGAGGAUCCGCAUGGCGAACGAGAAACACAGCAAGAACAUCACUCAGCGAGGAAACGUGGCCAAGUCAUCGAGAAAUCCCGCUGAAGAUAAAGGAGUCGGGCCCUGGCUGCUCGCGCUCUUCAUCUUCGUCGUCUGUGGAUCAGCCAUCUUCCAGAUCAUCCAGAGCAUCAGGAUGGGCAUGUAGAGUGAUGUCACCCGCAGGGGGCGGGGCUACGGUGACGAGCUGCUGAAGAUGGCGAGGACAGCUGACCACCAUGACCAACCCCCAGACUGACCAAACGGAAACAUUCCUGAACUCUGAAAACAAACGCACGCACGCACACACACAUGCACAUACACACACAGCAGCAUUACUGUGUUAUCAUGUUGAUUUAUCGUAUCUCCGCCCGCUGACCUUCUCACAGUCUGUCAACAAGCCAUACAUGUGCCUCUAUCUGUUUACCUGAGCUUUGGCCACGCCUCCUCCAAUACACCUUAUCAGUGGGGGGGUCAGAGUCCAACCUGCCCCUCUGAAAUCCAGUGUUUCAUUCAUCUGCACAAAGAUGGAAUCUUCUUCACAUUCCAGAUGUGUCUAUCUUCCUGCUCUUCCUCCUCCUCCUCCUCCUCCUCCUCAGUGGAAAUGAUGAUGAAGGUCUUUUGAAUCAGAAGGUUAGGAGGUCUGACAGGUGUGUGUCUGCACUGUGUGCAGCCUCACCUGAACACUCACGCUCUCUGAAUAAAGUUUAAUUUUCAAGAUGAA